GUUAGCGAUGCAACUAAGCUAAGGCCAAAGGCAGAAUUCUGUUUUGUUAUGAAUGCAGGGAUGAGAAAAUACUUUCUACAAGCCAAUGAUCAGCAGGACCUAGUUGAAUGGGUAAAUGUUCUGAACAAAGCUACCAAAAUCACAGUACCAAAGCAGUCUGAUCCUCUCUGUCAAAUGGAUAAUGCAAAUCGUCAAGCUGAAAGCCCAGGUGGAAAGAAGCAAGUCUCUUACAGGACAGAAAUUGUUGGCGGUGUUCCUAUCAUUACACCUACUCAGAAAGAAGAAAUCAGUGAGUGCAGUGAAGGGGGUGAUAGGAAUUAUUUGAAACGGUCACAAAGUCACCUUCCUUAUUUUACUGCUAAGCAUCCCCCAGAUAAUGCUAUUAUCAAAGCUGGCUACUGUGUAAAACAAGGAGCAGUG